AUGAAUGAAAGCUGUGAUAAUUACUCGGCUAAUGUCACAAUCUUGAACGACUUGGAGAAUCACGACAUUGAAAGUCCAUGGGCACUACAGUGGUCAUGGACCGAAGACGAAAUCCUAUUGAGCACUGUGGGUGUUAAAGGUAAACAACAUGUGGCUGUUAAAGGUAAAAAACAUGCCAAUAACUCGGUAGGUGGCUACACCUUCAAUUAUGUGAAAAUAGAACCAAACCGUUGCAAGGGCUGUGUGAUUCCUUCGUCGUUUAGAGAAGCCGACCUUGCGAAAAGCUCAUCGUCAUUCCAAAUUAAUGUUGGCCGAGCUGGUAUUGGAUAUAAUAAGCCGUGCGGUAAUGGUGUUGGAUAUUUUGAGUGGCCAAGAUCGGUCAGCUUUACCUCACCAAGAACGAAUUACAUAUGUCUUCCAUUGAUUUCAAGUAAAACUCGGGGUUAUAUGAAUACUUGGAGUAUGAGUUGCGGUCGUCGCGACAAACCUAAAAGAAAGUUCUACAAGAUUCAUAACAACGAUAACUUAUGA